CUUGAAUUUGAAGGAGCCCAGUUUUGCAUCAUGCUAUAUCUGGUGCAUUCAAUGUCAUGAGCACUUAAAUCAUGUUCAGCAGUGGAGGGCGCUCAUGCGAGCAAUUGGCGUUUACAUCUGAUUCUGCUGUCCUCUUGUUCCUGCGAGCUUUGCAAAGCUGAUCUUGGUAUUUGCAGGAAUGUGGACUUGCUCGGUUCAGUGAUCAGGAUUUGGCUGGUCGAGCCCUGGGCGGAAGAUUGUACAUCUUAGACCAAAGGUGGUGUCAAUCCCGUGCACUAGAUGGCCAAUCAGGGGGCAAAGAAGCGGAAGGAGGAGAACGAGAGGAGGAUAAGGCUGUUGCAGCAGCUUAUUGGUGGUGCAAACGUUGCUUUCAUCCUGGUGCGGCUGGUGGCCUUCUACUCAUCCACCAGCUGGAAAAUCUGGCUCGCCUUUGCCCUUUCGUCAUUCGCUUACUACUACUGCUAUCAGGCAAUAGCUUACGCGGCAGCCCCUACUUUCGAUGAAAGAGGGGAACUGAUGGAUGGUGGUUCGGAUCUGAGCAUAGGGGGCCUUCUUGGGUACUACCAUGACAUCAUUUACGUCUUAGCCUUUGUACAAAUUGGCUCUAUUCUUUCAGACAAGUUCUGGUACUUCAUGUUGGUGAUUCCGGCCUUUGCCCUCUAUAAAGCGUGGACAGGCAUAAUCUAUCCGUACUUCUUGGCGCCAAGUCCGGAAUAUGUCGAGGACGAAAAAACGAGGAAGAAGCGGGAAAAGCUCGAACGGCAACAGAAAAGGGCGGAGAAAUUUUCCAACAGACGAUGAUUUUCACAUUUUUCAUGGACUCCAGAAGACUCUGACCGAUUUGAUACUACAAUAUCAUUGUUGUAUGAAGUGCGAGGCCUGCUUAGUCAUGAGCCGUUGCAAAGGCGAAACCAGUGCCAUGAGUGUUUCUUAUGUACA